AUGACAAGUGUGCCGAAGGUGAAGAGGAAAGGACCAGAAAGCUCAAAAGGUAUGGAAAUUGUUUCUGAAAGGGAGCUAGCUCAGUUGGCUCUGGUUCGACCAUUAAUAUUCAGUAUUCAUGAGCAAUCAACCAUCAAGAAUUAUUUUAAAAUGCUUGAGAAAAAAGUAUCAGAGUAUGAAAUCACCCAGGAAUUUAUGGCUUUAGAACUUAAGAAUCUUCCGGCUGUGUUCCACUCUGGGAAUGAACUACACGACAGAGACAAAAACAGAUACCGAGAUAUUCUUCCAUAUGAUUCAACACGUGUUCCUCUUGGAGAAAACAAGUACUACAUCAAUGCUAGUUAUAUUAAAAUAGUCAAUUCUGGAGAAGAGUAUUAUUAUAUUGCUACCCAAGGACCACUGCCAACUACCACAAAUGACUUUUGGCAAAUGGUUUUGGAAAAUAACUCUAAUGUUAUUGUCAUGAUAACCAGAGAGGUAGAAGGUGGAGUUAUCAAAUGCCACCAUUACUGGCCCGUUUCUAUGAAAAAACCUUCGGAACUGAAAAAUUGUCAUAUCUUCCUGGAGAACUACCAGAUACUUCAAUAUUUCAUCAUUCGAAUAUUUCAAGUUGUCAAGAAGUCCACAGGAGCUAGUCACUUUGUAAAACACUUGCAGUUCACCAAGUGGCCAGACCAUGGCACUCCUGCCUCAGCAGAAGGUUUUAUAAAGUAUGUUCGUUAUGUGAGGAAGAGCCACCUUACAGGACCCAUCAUUGUUCACUGCAGUGCUGGCGUGGGCCGGACAGGGGUGUUCCUAUGUGUGGAUGUUGUGUUCUGUGCCAUUGAAAAGAACUUUUCAUUCAACAUCAUGAAUAUAGUGGGCCAAAUGAGAGAACAACGUUAUGGAAUGAUCCAAACAAAGAAGCAGUAUAUCUUUUGUUAUAAAAUUGUGCUUGAAGUUCUUCAGAAGUUUCUGACUUUAAAGUAA